UAACUAUAACGAUGUCGGCUAGGUACGAAAGUGUGAAUCAAACUGAUACACUAGCAGUAACUUUUACGCAUGAACAACAAGUUCAAACAUCUCGAUGCAAAUUAAAAUUUCGUAGCUUGGUACCAUUUUUGGUUGUUGUUCUCGUAGUAGGCUCCUUUGUAGUUUACUACGUAAUGUCUGGGUAUAGCGUAAAGCCAAAGACAGGCAGCCAUUUUAUAAAUAAACCAAAAAUAAAAUUAGUUGAACAGGACUAUGCUAAACUACUUUUUGAAACGUCGGCUAGGACUAGAAGUUUUUGCAAAAUUACUCGCCAAAUGGAUGAAAAUGAAGAAUCAUGGAGAAUUGCAUUUAAUGUAUUUACGCCUUUCGAAAGGAAAGUAUUGGAAGGAAAUUUAAAAAUUAAAAGAUUCUUCAUCAAAAAUUCUAUGUGCGAAAAAGGAAUUUGGGAAAAACCAAAGAAAAGUUGA